UUUCCUUAUAUUAUAGCAAAGCCUUAUCGAUUCGAGACUUUCACCAUCAAACCAACUCAUCAGUCCUAUUCAUCAAACUCGGAACAAAGCUUCAGUUAUCAUUUUAGUACUGAUAGUACUGCUUGGGACUCUCACUGCGACUGAGAUUAGCGGAAAAUCAAGAAGAGUUUUAGGAGUUGAAGAUGAAAUGGUACUUAUGGUCCAAGUAACUAGGCAUGGCGCCAGAAGCCCUAUAAGUGAACUUCAAGGAUUCGAGAUACAGGCUGAAAGAAGUGGAGAGUAUUCGGAAAAUGGAGAAUUUGGUGGUUUAGAGAGCAUUAAUACUGAGCCUUGGACAGAUGGAUUAGGAGAACUUACUGCGUCAGGAGAGAGACAACAUUAUCUUCUAGGAAGUAAACAUAGAAAGAAAUUUAUUGAAGAUGAUGUUUCUCUAUUAAGCAAAGACUUUGAUCCUAAGGAGAUUCAUAUUACAUCCACUCCAUUUAAUAGAACUAUAAUGAGCGCUUACUCAGAAAACAAAGGGUGGUAUCCUCUUGGCUCAGUUGAGAAACUCUCAUCUGAAGAAAAUAAGGAAGCAUUACCUCCAUUUGAAAUAAAGGAUAAAGAAAAAAUCAUUAAGAACUUGGGAAAUGACCCUACAAAGCAUGGAUAUCAACCUAUUCCUAUUCACGUCGGAGGAGAUGAAUUUAAUCAGAUGUUCAGAGCUUACUCAUCUAGCGUAUGCCCGGUUGCAAAGAAAUUUGAACAAAGAGUAAAAGAAGAAGCCAAGUUUGUUGAGAUAAAUGAGAGAUACAAAGAUAAUAUCUUGAAAAUGAUCAGGGAAAAUUGGGGAGUUGAAGAAGAGCUCAACUUUGUCACUGCGACUGAUCAUACAGAUAAUUUCUAUGCUUCUUACUUCGAUGAUAGACUUGUUCAGAAAUAUAAGCUUCCGAUUGAUCUAGUCGACAGAAUCUUAGCAGAUCAAUUUUACUUCUUUACGUUCUACUUUGAUGAGAUGGUUAGGAUCUCCAGUACUAACUUCCUGAACUUUUUGCAUACCACUUUUGACUCAAAGAUAAAUUCCAUAGUCACUGGAGAGGAUGAUGGAAGUGGUAUUAAAGACAGGAAAUUGUUCUUCUUUAGUGCUCAUGAUACUACAGCUGCUGCCUUCCUGUCAGGAAUAGAGCAGAGGCAGGAGCUCCAGCCUUUCUACGCUACACAUAAUUUGAUUCAACUGUGGAAGAAGGCUGGUACAGAUGGAACUCAAGACGACCAUUAUUAUACUAAGUGGAUAUAUAAUGACAAAGCUCUUAAUGUUAAUGAUCAAUGAGAUGAAGAAGGAAGAUGUCCAUAUGAUUUAUUCAAAGAAUACUUAAAAUCAAGAGAAUACCAAGGAGAUGAUUGGUAUUCAGCCUGCCAAGAUAUCCAACCACCUUCGUUUAGUGAUUACGGAAUCAUAGGAGGCGCUAUCGCAGGAGUUUCAGCGAUCGGUUUCCUCUCCUAUUUUGGCAUUAAAAGGCUUUUCUUGGCUGCUUAAGAUUCAAUAUUA